UGUGUUCUGAUUAUUUUUUUUAAAUUAGUAAUGGCGAAAAUGAACCCGCGCCUCGCUUUCGCCAUUAUAUCGUCGACCUGCUGGUCUGCCUUCCAGCACGGAUACAAUACAGGCGUGAUAAACGCUCCGCAGGCGGUCAUGAGCGAAUGGCUCCAGAGAGAGGCGCUUAGCGGGACGAACACCUCGGUCUCCGCCAUGGUCGAUCCAAAGGUGACUUCGGUCUGGUCGGUGGCUGUCUCCAUAUACUGCGCCGGUGGCAUGAUUGGUGGUGUGAUCACCGGAAUCAUUGCCGACAGAUUCGGCAGAAAAGGCGGUCUGCUGCUCAACAACGUGCUGGUAUUCCUGGCGGCCGCUCUGCAGGGAGCUUCGAAGGUCGCCAAAUCGGCGGAGAUGCUCAUCCUUGGAAGAUUACUCAUUGGCGUUAACAGUGGCCUGAACGCGGGCUUAGUGCCUCUGUACCUGUCAGAGAUAUCGCCAGUGUCAAUCAGAGGCUCGAUCGGCACAGUUUACCAGCUCGUCAUAACAGUCACGAUACUGCUGUCCCAGCUGCUAGGGCUGAGCAGUGUGCUCGGCACGGAGGACGGCUGGCCAUGGUUAUUGGCACUGACAGCGGCGCCGGCCGUCCUGCAGUGUCUCACGCUGCCCCUAUGCCCAGAAUCGCCAAAGUACUUACUCCUGAACCAGGGUCGAGAGCUGCACGCCCAACGAGCAUUGAACUGGCUGCGAGGCGACGUCGCGGUGCACGGCGAGAUGGAAGAAAUGCAUCAGGAAGCGGAGAAGAAUAAGAUCAGCAAGAAGGUCACCCUGCAAGAGUUGUUCCGAAACAGGAACCUCCGUCUGCCCCUCUUCAUAUCCACAGUCGUGAUGAUAGCUCAACAGCUCUCCGGAAUAAAUGCUAUAAUAUACUUUUCGACUGACAUCUUUGAGAAGACUCAUCUCGGAUCUGAUGCUGCGCAGUACGCUACUUUGGGCAUAGGCGCCAUGAAUGUCGUGAUGACGAUAGCCAGCCUCGUGCUCGUCGAGGUGGCUGGCAGAAAGACCCUCCUGCUGGCAGGGUUCUCGGGAAUGUUCAUAUGUACCGUCGGCAUAACAGUCGCUACUUCAUACACUCAGCACGUCUGGGUGUCGUAUCUGUGUAUAGCGCUCGUGGUUCUCUUCGUGACAAUGUUCGCGAUCGGUCCGGGUUCGAUACCCUGGUUCUUGGUGACAGAACUAUUUAACCAAUCAUCUCGGCCGGCCGCGUCAUCUGUCGCUGUCACUGUCAAUUGGACGGCCAAUUUCAUUGUCGGAUUAAGCUUCUUACCACUCUCGCUCGCCCUGGGGAACAAUGUUUUCGUGAUAUUCGCGGUCCUACAAUUCCUGUUCAUAAUUUUUAUUUACACUAAAGUACCUGAGACGAAAAAUAAGACUGUUGACGAGAUAACCGCCAUGUUUAGGCAGCGGAUGUAGGAGGGGUUAGGGGGGGCAGCGGAGUGGGUUCCCCAUCAAGGGAUCAAGCAUCAGGCCGAUAUCUUCGACGGCUUGUUAGCGAAAUUAAAACAUCACUGGCGCCAUCUAGUGUUGAGGGUGGUAAUAACAGGCGGCCACGAGACCACCAGUCAAUUGACCCUGAAAUAUCUAUAUGUUGG